CGCGUACCUGAAGUCCCAGCAGGCCGACGACCUGCUGUUCUGCUACCGCUGGCUCUUGCUCGAGAUGAAACGCGAGUUCGCGUUCGAUGACGCGCUUCGAAUGCUCGAGGUGCUUUGGGCGUCGCUGCCGCAGCGCACGCCCGCAGGCGAGCUCCCGCUGGCCGAGCGCGCGGAGCCGGGCUCGCCGCCGCUCAGCCCGCUCGUGAAGGCGCCGCGCGACAACGCCUACACCAAGCUGUGCGCCAUCCGCCGCCAGAGCUCCAGCUUCAGCCUCGCCAGCGUCAAGGCGCCCACGCUGGCCACGCAGCGCCCGCACAACCACAGUCUCGACGAGAGCGCGACGUUGGAGGACUCCUCGCUCAAACGCGCCAAGGAGUUCCAGAGUCUCGACGACGCCGCUUUGCAAACUAUCAAAGCCAAACUCGACAAUGAGGUCGAUACGAGUGAAGAUUCUAAGGAAUCCAAGCUUCCCGAGCCAAAUAUGACGAGCUCGCCAGAUUCUCAGAAACGAGAUCCGAUCCGCGCCAGCAACGGGAGCGUCGUCAAUGGAAAAGCGCACCCGGAUGGAAAGGAUACGACGUUAGGGGGACAAAUAAGAUUGCUGCGAGACAAAAUAUCCGUGCACAAUAACAAGUUCGAUGGCCUCAACGACGUAGAUCCCGACAACAGGCCGAAAGUGAAGAUGAUCAAAAACCUAAACGAAUUCUUGAAUUUCGCGACGAGCAGCAAACCUGAUCCGAUCAGACGGGAAAAACUACAACGAGCACACUCGGUCAUAGAGACCAGUAAGGCGUACCCCAAAAUCACUUUAAACAAAAUGUCUAUGGACGAAAGUGACCUUAGUAAACCGAGCGUCAAGGAGUCCCUCCUAAACAAAAUCAAUAGGAGCAUUUACAACGACGCCAACGACGGCAGCAGCCCCGACGACUCGCAGGAGUACUACCCGAUGACCACCUCCAUGACGCGCGAGCUGAGGCUGGAACUCGAGCAUCUGGAUCGGCAGGUGUUCGGGCCCUCGUACGUCAACCGGUGCAGCAUGAUCGACUCGCCCUCCGACUCCACCAGCACCGAGGAGAAAGGGGACGAGCGGAGCAAGCGGGAGACGAAGGACACACUAGAGCUUCAAACGGAAGUCGGGGAAACGGCAAAGCGGUCACCCAUGGAUACGAUAAAGUCGAACGCCCGGAGCGCGGAAGAUAUUUACCUGUGGGAGAACCCGUUACACAAGCGAGCGGCGCGGGCGGCCUCGUGCCCGCACACGCCGGACGAGCACCCCGAGCUGGAGCUGGACGACACGGCCGACAUCUUCGAGGAGGGCGGCCGCAAGUCCGUCACGCCCAUCCGCCGCCACCGCCCGCCCGACCCGCCCCGCCCGCCCCGCCCGCCCCACGACGCGCAGACCCCCACGGCCACAGACGACGGCGUCUCGAAAUCACACAAAUUCUUCUCGAAUAUGUCGCAGGAGUUGGAAAAUGCGAAGAGAAACUGCGAGUCGCUGUUGAAUGCGAAGCCGACGAAUUUGCACAGUGUCGCGUCGACUAUAAACAACUUCCAAAAAAAGUAUGAAGCUUUAAAACCGCCCGUUCAGAAGACUUUUGCCGCGGGUGACGGCGUUAAAAGUAUAAGCGGGCUGCCGCCGCCGAGCGUGUUCGGCGGCGGGAACCCCUUCCUCAUGUUCCUGUGCCUGACGGUGCUGCUGCAGCACCGCCACUACGUCAUGCGGAACCGCAUGGACUACAACGAGCUGGCGAUGCACUUCGACAAGAUGGUGCGCAAGCACAACGUCAACCGCGUGCUCAACCAGGCGCGCCAUAUGUACGCCAUCUAUCUCAAACACCAGAACAAAGGUGACGUCACCACGUGAACCUGCCUCUCGCUCAUAGUGUAUUUUCGUAAUAUGUAUUUAUCGAAUUGUAACACUAGUAGAGACUAUGAUAUUCUAUUAUGUACAUUCAAUAAUGGAACCGUGGUGGCUAAGUUGAUAGGUACGGACGUGCAAUAAAAUUUGCAUCAGUACAGGUCACAAUAUGUAUACAGUUGUAAAUUUAGCUCUAUAGGUGGGUUCACACAGAGCGAGCAUACGCGCGAGGCAAUUUCCUCCGAGGCAUGUCUACACUGGCCGUUUUGUGCGUGAGGAAAUUGCCGCGCGCGUAUGCUCGCUCUGUGUGGACCCGCCUAAUUAAGUAAGUAAAUAUUAUACGUAUUAAAAAUCUUGACUGUACUAAAAGAAGAUGUUGAAGCUAGCGGAAAUUUUGUGAAAGUGAGAAGCAAACGUAUAUUUUAAUAAAUGGAAAAACAGUCAAGGCUACAUGGUAUUCGCGCAGUGUUAUUCUAAUUUUGUGUAGACUGCAGUAUUCUAAAAAUCUGUUAAUUGAGAUUAAUUUUCCGCCCUCAAUUAAACUUUUGAAUAAACAAUUUCAACUUGUUAAACUUCCUUUUGGAAUAGAGAUUUUAUUAGAGACCACACAGGUUUAAAACUGUUGAGGUGUUCAAAAAUUUAAAUCGACUACAAAGUAUUAAAUUGUAUUUAUGUCUAUCAUUAAGGAAUCUGUUUACUUUAAUUAGUAAAUUUCAAAAUAUUCUGAUGAAUGUAAUUUUUAAUUUAAAUAAUAAUGUACUUACAAUUGUGUAAGCAAUUAGUUAGUUUACGAGGGACUGAUUAACACGUAACUUAAUGUAUUUACUAAGUUAGGGGUCAGUUUUAGAAAGAUCCAUUAAACCUUACGUUGGUUACUAAUGCCAAAGAGAAUUUGAAAUAAAGGUGGAUAGUUAAAGAAAACUUUGUAACCACGGUAAAUUUACUGCCAUCUGUCAACACAUAAUUAAAACUUUUAGAACGCCAUUUGACUUUGAUCCUUAUUGUUUCACUGAUAUGUGUUAAAUUUGUUAAGUAUCAAAUAGUGGCGCCACUUUAGUCAAAUGGCGUUCUAAAGGUUUUAAUCAUGUGUCGAAAGAUGGCAGUAAAUUUACUGUGGCUACAAAGUUUUCUUUGACAAUCCACCUCUAUAUCAAAUUAUCUUUGCUAAUGCUAAAACAAUACUAUAUACUGAUGACUACUAGCGGAUCUUUUUAAAACCGAAGCCUUUAUUCCAAAGAACUUAUUUUGACAUUGUGAUAUUUUUGCAUCUAUCUGUUAUAUUCGUUUUUAUAUGACGUACUACGUAAUUUUGUUGACUAUGUUGUGAUAGAUUUUUUAAGUUAGCUAACAAUACCUUAGCACAAUAGAAGAUAUCGCUCGGUAUUACGUCUUAUCCUUAUCACUUUCGCAUUUAUAUACUAGGAAGUGGUUGAUUUUCGUCAAUAGGUAUCUAAGGAUGGUAUUCCAACUGUCCAAUUUCUUUGUCCAAUGUGCAUUGCGUCACACUCUCUUAAUAAGCAAAAUGUGAGAUGCAAAUAUCGGACCAAAAAAUUGGACAGGUAGAAUACCAUCCUAAAACACAUCGAAACGGGUAACUGGGCGUGGAAUUGGCUAACUCGUUCUAUAUAAAAUCGAUCGAUCGAACCGUGCAGCUAGACGAAAAGGUUAAUUAGUUGAGUUUUAAUAAGUUCCCCGUUUUGUCCCUGGUUUGAUACAUUCAUGUCAUAAAUAAAAUAUUAUCAGAUAUGUGAAUUCAUAAAUAACUUACUGUGUAUUAUUUUAAAUAAAUUUUCGCCAUAUACAUGUUUAGAACGCCUAUGAAUGCAUGCAAUUUAAUUUUUAAGAAUGCAUCGGGUAAGGGACGAAACUCCAUUGAUUCAACAAAAAAUGUAAAUGCUCAUAAUAUGACAACGUGUGAAAUCCGUGCACAUACGACACAAGCUUUAUAUUGCUUUUAUGGUCUUUCUCUCAUAUUUACUUCUGUAAAAUAUCUACUCGAUACCAUGAUGUGAGAGUAAAUCUAGUCGACGACGUGAACUAUCGAGGCUUAUCAAAUUAUUCCAAAACUAUUUCGAAAAAAGCCGCCGAACUAUAAUACCUAUAAGAAUAAAUCUCGUACCUUAAUAUUGACUCUUAUUUCAAGUACUUACAUGCUUGUGGCCUACAGUGCUUUACAAUGAUAUCCAUUCUAUUGUAUAUUAUAUUUUUGAAUCAAUAUUUUACUGAAUUAAUUAUCGCUGAAUGAAAAAUAAACUAUUAUAGCUUGAACAGGAA